CCCGGCCCUAAAAGCUUGGCUUCACCCCACCGCCUGACCUUCUGGAACUCAGGACACGCAUCUGUGAUAGAGACUGCGCAGCUGCACUCCCUCGCGCCACUGGCCACAGGUUUUGAAACAUGCGUCCUUCUCUCUUCCUGGCUGCGCUUUGCCUGGGAAUAGCCUCAGCUGCUCCAGAACUCUAUCAGAGCUUAGAUGCGCGCUGGUCCCAGUGGAAGGCAGCACAUGGGAAACUGUAUGAGGAGAAUGAAGAAGGAUGGAGGAGAGCAGUGUGGGAGAAGAAUCUGAAAGUGAUUAAACAGCACAACCAGGAGUACAGCCAAGGGAAACACAGCUUCACAAUGGCAAUGAAUGCCUUUGGUGACCUGACCAAUGAAGAAUUCAAGCAGGUGAUGAAUGGCCUUAAAAGCCAGAAACGCAAGGAGGGGAACGUGUUCCAAGCACCUCCCUUUGCUGAGACCCCCUCAUCUAUGGACUGGAGAAAGAAAGGCUACGUGACCCCCGUGAAGAAUCAGGGUCUCUGUGGUUCUUGUUGGGCUUUUAGUGCAACUGGAGCCCUCGAAGGACAGAUGUUUCGGAAAACCGGCAGACUGGUGUCACUGAGCGAGCAGAACCUGGUGGACUGCUCUUGGGCAGAAGGCAAUGAGGGCUGCAGUGGUGGCCUGAUGGAUUACGCCUUCCAGUACGUGAAGGACAACGGAGGCCUGGACUCGGAGGAGUCCUAUCCGUAUCGUGCACAGGAUGAAUCCUGCAAAUACAAGCCUGAGCAAUCCGCCGCCAAUGACACCGGCUUCAUGGACAUCCAUCCGGAGGAGGAGUCCCUUAAGCUGGCGGUGGCCACUGUGGGGCCCAUCUCUGCUGCAAUCGAUGCAAGCCUGGGUACCUUCCAGUUCUAUCAUAAAGGCAUUUACUACGAUCCAGACUGCAGCAGUGAAGACUUGGAUCACGGUAUUCUGGUGGUGGGCUAUGGUUCUCAAAGAGAAGACUCAGAGAAGCAAAAAUACUGGAUUGUCAAGAACAGCUGGGGCACAGACUGGGGCACACAGGGUUACGUACUGAUGGCCAAGGACCGGGACAACCACUGUGGAAUCGCCACCGCAGCCAGCUUUCCUACUGUGUGACAUGAGAGCAUAAGGAAGACCUCGACUGGGGACCAAAUACGCAGAAGAGGAAUUUUCUCUUACAAGUGAUCACACCUCAUUGUGUGGAAUGAAACACUCAAGCCACUGGAGAUCUCACCUGUGAUCUGAUUUUGUGAUUUCUUUAAUUGCUGCCUUGGACAGCUUUGUGUGGUUGACUUGUUUAAUGGAUUUUGAAUUUUUAUAUCUUGUACUGAUAUGUAAAGUUAUACCUUUUAAAAUAAAACCAUUUCAAAGUAGAA